GUCAGCCAGUAACUCAUCCAUAAGUCCUCCCACCUCCAAUUUCACCAAAUUUCGGAAGCCCUAAUUUUCUCUCUUUAAGCCCUUUAAAUCAGUCUUUUCAAUGGCUACCCAUCUGUUUAUCUUUCGUCCCAACGCAGUCCAUGUCUGUGCUAUUCCCGGUCAUCCAAAACCCAACCCCGACCGCCGGAAGAGUACGUCGUCAUCUUCCUCCAACUGGUGGUCGCCGCUGUUUGGAUGGUCCUCCGAGCCCGGCUACAUUGACUCGGAUGGAAAAACUGAGAUCAAGGAGAAAAGAGAAGCCGAAUCGGAAACAGAUCCGGGUCCAAAGUCAGCGAGAUCGAAGUUUUCCCCGGGAUGCUUCACGGAAGAGAAGGCAAGGCAGCUACGUAUGAUGACUACUAACACGUCAUCAUUUCACGACGUUAUGUACCAUUCGGCUAUUGCUUCUAGACUCGCCUCCGACUUCAAGGGUCGCUACGAUCGAUGAGUCUCCGGCUAGUCGGGGCUAUAUUUAAACUUUUAAUUUUCUGUUUUUUUUUUUUUUUUCUGAGUUUUGGAAUGUAUAAAAAUUUUUUAUGUCCAUUUUUAAGGGGCUGAAAAAAUUGUUAAAUGACGCAAUCCAAGAUGUAAAUAUUGAACUUCUGAUGUAUAUAGAAUAAUUUUCAAAUCUUUUUUUUAUUA